AUGGCAGGGCCCCAGGGCCACCUCCUGCUCUGCCUCUUGGUCUUCUACCUAGCAGGCUCCAGCAUCCUCGUGGGGCAGAAGGUGCGAUCCAGACACUGUGAUGUGAAGACCAAGUUUGUCACUCAUGUACCCUGCACCAUGUGCCCUGCCGCCAAGAAGCAGGUGUGUCCCUCGGGCUGGCUUCAGGAUUUCCCGAAGAAGAUAUCACAGGACUGCCGCUACGAGGUACAGCUGGGGGACUCUCUGUUGUCCAUGAGCGGCUGCAGCCUGGAGUGCUGGAAGGACGUGGUGCAGAAGGCCUGCUGCCCUGGCUACUGGGGGUCCCAGUGCUACGAGUGCCCUGGGGGGGCAGAGACCCCAUGCAACGGCCAUGGGACCUGCCUGGAUGGCAUAGACAGGAACGGGACCUGCAUCUGCCAGGAAAACUUUAGUGGCUCAGCUUGCCAGGAGUGCCAAGACUCCAACCGGUAUGGGCCUGACUGCCAGUCAGUGUGCAGCUGUGUGCACGGUGUGUGCAGUCGUGGGCCACUUGGGGAUGGAAGCUGCCUGUGCUUUGCUGGAUACACUGGACCCCGCUGUGACCAAGAGCUGCCUGUGUGCCAGGCCCUGAACUGUCCCCAGAACUCCCAGUGCUCUACAGAGGCCCCCACCUGCAGCUGCCUGCCUGGCCAUACCCAGGAGGGCCGCGAACUGGCAGCCCCCGACCCUUGCCGGCCAUCACCCUGCUCUCCGUUGGCCCAGUGCUCAGUGAGCCCCAGGGGGCAUGCGCAGUGUCGCUGUCCCAAGAAUUACCAUGGCGAUGGGACGGUGUGUCUGCCGCAGGACCCAUGCAGCACCAACAAUGGUGGCUGCCCCAGCAACUCUACCUUGUGUCUGUACCAGGGGCCAGGCAAGGCCUCCUGCAGAUGUAAGCCAGGCCUGGUCAGCAUCAACCACAACGCCUUCGCGGGCUGCUUUGCCUACUGCUUCCCCUACUCCUGUGACCGGUCAGCCACCUGCCAGGUGACCCCCGAUGGGAAGACCAGCUGUGUGUGCAAGGAGGGCCAGGUGGGGGAUGGACAUGCCUGCUACGGACACCUGCUCCACGAGGUGCAAAAGACCAGCCUGGGGAUGAGAGUCGCCCUCUCCAUGCUGGACCAGGGCUGCCAGGAGAUCCUCACCACGUCGGGCCCGUUCACCGUGCUGGUGCCGUCCCUCUCCUCCACCCAAUCCAGGACCAUGAAUGCUUCCCUUGCCCAGCAGCUCUGCAGACAGCACAUCAUCGCAGGGCAGCACAUACUGGAGGAAUUAGGGACCCAGCAGCAAACACGCAGGUGGUGGACACUGGCUGGGCAAGAGAUCACCGUUACUUUCAACCGCUUCAUGCAAUACACCUACAAAUACAAAGACCUGCCCCAGCAGACAUUCACCAUCCAUAAGAUCAACUAUCCAGCAGCUAAUGGUGUCUUCCACACAGUUUCCGCCCUGCGGUGGCAGCCCCCACCAGAGCUCCCUGCCGACCCUAAGAGAACCAUUAGCCAGAUCCUUGCCUCCACUGAGGCCUUCAGCCGGUUUGAAACCAUCCUGGAGAACUGUGGGCUGCCUUCCAUCUUGGAUGGGCCUGGGCCCUUCACAGUCUUUGCGCCAAGCAACGAAGCUGUGGACAACUUGCGUGACGGACGCCUCAUCUACCUCUUCACAGCAGGUCUCUCCAAACUGCAGGAGCUGGUGAGGUACCACAUCUAUGGUCACGGCCAGCUGACAGUCGAGAAGCUCAUCUCCAAGGGUCGAGUUCUCACCAUGGCAAACCAGGUCCUGUCUGUGAAUAUCUCUGAGGAGGGGCGCAUCCUGCUGGGACCUGCAGGGAUCCCACUGCGGACAGUGGACUUGCUGGCUGCCAAUGGCGUGAUCCACAUGCUGGAGGGCAUCCUGCUGCCCCCGACCAUUCUGCCCAUUCUACCCAAGCACUGCAUCCAGGAACAGCACCAGAUCGUGGUGGGCUCCUGUGUGGACUGCCAAGCCCUGAAUACCACCGAUACGUGCCCCCCCAACAGCGUGAAGCUGGACAUCUCCCCUGAGGAGUGUGUCUACAUCCAUGACCCUACUGGACUCAACGUCCUGAAGAAGGGCUGUGCCCGCUACUGUAACCAGACCAUCCUGAAACCUGGCUGCUGCAAAGGGUUUUUUGGGCCGGACUGUGCACAGUGUCCGGGGGGCUUCUCCAACCCCUGUUAUGGCAAAGGCAACUGCAGCGAUGGGGUCCUGGGCAAUGGGGCUUGCCUCUGCUUCCCAGACUACAAGGGUGUUGCCUGCCACAUCUGUUCCAACCCAAACAAGCAUGGUGACCAGUGUCAGGAAGACUGCGGCUGUGUCCAUGGUCUAUGUGACAACCGUCCAGGCAGUGGGGGUGUGUGUCAGGGUGGCACAUGCGCCCCAGGCUUCAGCGGCCGCUUCUGCAACGAGUCCACAGGGAACUGUGGGUCCACAGAGCAGGCCCAGAACUGCCACCAGCAUGCCCGCUGUGUUAGCCAGGGGGGCAUCGCCAGGUGUCUCUGUCUCGAUGGCUUUGAAGGUGAUGGCUUCUCCUGCACACCCAGGAACCCCUGCUCCCACCCAGACCGUGGUGGCUGCUCAGAGAACGCCGAAUGUGUUCCUGGGGCCCUGGGCGCCCACCACUGCACAUGCCACAAAGGCUGGAGUGGGGAUGGCCGUGUCUGCGUGGCCAUCGACGAGUGUGAGCUGGACGCACGAGGUGGCUGCCAUGCUGAUGCCCUCUGCAGCUAUGUGGGACCUGGGCAGAGCCGGUGUACCUGUAAGCUGGGAUUCGCUGGGGACGGCUAUGUGUGCAGCCCUAUUGACCCCUGCCGGGCAGGAAACGGUGGCUGCCAUGACCUGGCCACCUGCCAGGCAGUAGGGGGAGGUCAGCGGGUCUGCACAUGCCCCCCUGGCUAUGGGGGUGAUGGCUUCAGCUGCUAUGGAGACGUCUUCCAGGAGCUGGAGGCAAAUGCCCACUUCUCCAUCUUCUACCAGUGGAUCAAGAGAGCCAGCAUCACUCUUCCUGCCAACAGCCGAGUCACAGUCCUGGUGCCCUCUGAGUCUGCCAUCCGUAGGCUGAGCCCCGAGGACCAGGCCUUCUGGCUGCAGCCAAGGAUGCUGCCACACCUGGUCAGGGCUCAUUUUCUUCAGGUCGCCCUUUCUGAGGAGGAGUUGGCCCAGCUGGGCGGGCAGGAGGUGGCCACGCUGAGCCCCACCACACGCUGGGAAAUUCGCAAUAUCAGUGGGAGGGUCUGGGUGCAGAAUGCCAGCGUGGACGUGGCUGACCUCCUUGCCACCAAUGGUGUCCUACAUGUCCUCAGCCAGGUCCUGCUGCCUCCAAGAGAGGACGUACUGGGUGAGCAGGGGUUGCUGCAGCAGCUGGACUCAGUGCCUGCUUUCCGCCUCUUCCGGGAACUGCUGCAGCACCACGGUCUGGUGCCCCAGAUUGAGGCUGCCACUGCCUACACCAUCUUCGUGCCCACAAACCGCUCUCUGGAGGCCCAGGGCAACAGCAGCAGCCUGGAUGCGGACAUAGUGCGACAUCAUGUGGUCCUGGGGGAGGCACUCUCCAUGGAAGCCCUGCGGAGGGGUGGACACCGCAACUCCCUCCUGGGCCCCGCCCACUGGCUUGUCUUCUACAACCAUAGUGGCCAGCCUGAAGUGAACCAUGUGCCGCUGGAAGGCCCUGUGCUGCAGGCCCCUGGCCGCUCACUGUUUGGUCUUUCGGGGAUCCUGACGGUGGGCUCAAGCCGCUGCCUACACAGCCACGCAGAGGCUCUGCGGGAAAAAUGUAUAAAUUGCACCCGGAAAUUCCGCUGCACUCAGGGCUUCCAGCUGGAGAACACCCCCAAGAAGAGCUGUGUCUACCGAUCUGGCUAUUCCUUUUCCCGGGGCUGUUCUUACACGUGUGCCAAGAAAAUCCAGGUACCUGACUGCUGCCCUGGUUUCUUCGGCACACUGUGUGAGCCAUGCCCGGGGGGUUUGGGUGGGGUGUGUUCGGGCCAUGGACAGUGCCAGGACAGGCUCCUGGGCAAUGGGGAGUGCCGCUGCCAUGAGGGCUUUCACGGAACCGCCUGUGAGAUGUGUGAGCUGGGCCGCUACGGGCCCAACUGCACCGGAGUGUGUGACUGUGCCCAUGGGCUAUGCCAGGAGGGGCUGCAAGGGGACGGAAGCUGUGUCUGCAAUGUGGGCUGGCAGGGCCUCCGCUGUGACCAGAAAAUCACUGGCCCUCACUGCCCAGAGAAGUGUGACCCCAAUGCCAACUGUGUACAGGAAUCGGCAGCAGUCCCUGUCUGCAUCUGUGCCGCAGGGUACUCAGGCAACGGCACCUAUUGUUCAGAAGUGGACCCCUGUGCCCAUGACCAUGGAGGCUGCUCCCCCUACGCCAACUGCACCAAGGUGGCACCUGGGCAGCGGACAUGCACCUGCAAGGACGGCUACACAGGCGAUGGGGAGCUGUGCCAGGAAGCUAACGGCUGUCUCAUUCGCCACGGGGGCUGCCACGUGCAUGCCGAAUGUAUCCCCACAGGCCCCCAGCAGGUCUCCUGCAGCUGCCGCGAGGGCUAUAGCGGGGAUGGCAUCCGGACCUGCGAUCUCCUGGACCCUUGCUCCCAGAGUAAUGGAGGCUGCAGCCCCUAUGCUGUGUGCAAAAGCACAGGGGAUGGCCAGAGGAUGUGCACCUGUGAUGCAGCCCACACUGUGGGUGAUGGUUUCACCUGCCGUGCUAGAGUCAGCCUGGAGCUCCUUCGGGACAGACAUGCCUCAUUCUUCAGCCUCCACCUCCUGAAAUACAAUGAGCUCAAGGGCAAAGGGCCUUUCACAAUCUUCGUGCCACAUGCGGAUCUAAUGACCAACCUGUCGCAGGAUGAGCUGGCCCGGAUUCGAGCCCAUAGCCAGCUCGUGUUUCGCUACCACGUUGUCGGCUGCCGGCAGCUGCGGAGCCAGGAUCUGCUAGAGGAGGGCUAUGUUACCACGCUCUCAGGGCACCCGCUGCGCUUCAGCGAGAGGGAGGGCAGCAUAUAUCUCAAUGACUUCGCACGAGUGGUGAGCAGUGACCACCAGGCGGUGAAUGGCAUCCUGCACUUCAUUGACCAUGUCUUGCUGCCGCCCGACGUUCUACACUGGGAGCCUGAGGCUGCCCCAACCCCACGGAGAAAUGUCACCGCUGCUGCGGAUAGCUUCGGUUACAAGAUUUUCAGUAGCCUUGUGAAGAUGGCUGGUCUCCUGCCCCUGCUUCGAGAUGUGUCCCACAGACCCUUCACAAUGCUGUGGCCCACAGACUCUGCCCUGCGAGCCUUGCCACCUGAUCGCCAGGCCUGGCUGUACCACGAGGACCACCGUGACAAGCUGGCAGCCAUUCUGCGGGGCCAUGUGAUCCGCAACAUCGAGGCCUUGGCAUCUGACCUGCCCAACCUGGGACCGCUCCGCACCAUGCAUGGGACUCCCAUCUCUUUCUCCUGUAGCCCUGCCCGGCCAGGCGAACUCAUAGUGGGUGAGGAUGACGCCCAUAUUGUGCAGCGGCACCUGCCCUUUGAGGGUGGCCUGGCCUACGGCAUCGACCAGCUGCUGGAACCACCUGGCCUUGGUGCCCGUUGUGACCGCUUUGAGACUCGGCCACUGUGGCUGAAAAUUUGCAGCAUCUGUGGGCGGGAACCUCCCUGUCCUGAGGGCUCACAGGAGCAGGGUAGCCCCCAGGCCUGCUGGCGCUACUACUCAAAGUUCUGGACAUCCCCUCCACUGCGCUCCUUGGCACUGCGCAGCAUUUGGGGCCAGCCCCAAGGUCUGGGAAGGGGAUGCCACCGCAACUGUGUCACUACCACCUGGAAGCCCAGCUGUUGCCCUGGUCACUAUGGCAGUGAGUGCCGAGCUUGUCCUGGGGGUGCCAGCCACCCCUGUAGUGACCAUGGCGUGUGCAUGGACGGCAUGAGUGGCAGUGGGCAGUGUAGGUGCCGUUUGGGGUUUGCUGGGACAGCCUGUGAACUCUGCGCCCCAGGAGCCUUUGGGCCCCAUUGCCAAGCCUGCCGCUGCACCUUUCAUGGCCACUGUGAUGAGGGCCUUGGGGGUUCUGGCUCCUGCUUCUGUGAUGAGGGCUGGACUGGGCCACGCUGUGAGGUGCAGCUGGAGCUGCAGCCUGUGUGUGCGCCACCCUGCGCACCCCAGGCAGUAUGCCGUGCGGGCAACAGUUGUGAGUGCAGCCUGGGCUAUGAAGGGGACGGACGCAUGUGCACAGUGGCAGACCUGUGCCAGGAUGGGCGUGGCGGCUGCAGUGAGCAUGCCAACUGCAGUCAGGUAGGCACAGUGGUCACCUGCGCCUGCCUGCCAGACUAUGAGGGUGAUGGCUGGAGCUGCAGAGCCCGCAACCCCUGUGAAGACAGCCACCGUGGGGGCUGCAGCGAGCAUGCCGACUGCCUGAGCACUGGCCCGAACACACGGCGCUGUGUGUGCCAUGCUGGCUAUGUGGGUGACGGACUGCAGUGUCUGGAAGAGCCUGAGCCACCUGUGGACCGCUGUCUAGGCCAGCCCCCACCCUGUCACAUGGAUGCCGUGUGCACUGACUUGCACUUCCAGGAGAAACGGGCUGGUGUCUUUCACCUCCAGGCCACCAGUAGCUCUUAUGGUCUUAACUUCUCAGAGGCUGAGGCAGCAUGUGGAGCUCAGGGAGCUGUCCUUGCUUCUGUCACUCAGCUCUCUGCUGCCCAGCAGCUGGGCUUCCACCUGUGCCUUGUGGGCUGGCUGGCCAAUGGCUCGGCUGCCCACCCUGUCGUCUUCCCUGCGGCAGACUGUGGUGAUGGUCAAGUGGGCGUAGUCAGCCUAGGGACCCGGAAGAAUCUGUCAGAGCGCUGGGAUGCCUACUGUUACCGUGUGCAAGACGUGGCCUGUAGAUGCCGUGAUGGCUUUGUGGGUGAUGGGACCAGCACGUGCAAUGGGAAGCUGCUUGAUGUACUGGCUGCCACCACCAACUUCUCCACCUUCUACGGGAUGCUGCUGGGUUAUGCCAAUGCCACUCCCCGAGGUCUUGACUUCUUGGAUUUCCUGGACGAUGAGCUCACCUACAAGACACUCUUUGUUCCUGUCAACGAAGGCUUUGUGGACAACAUGACGCUGGGUGGCCCAGACCUGGAGCUACACGCCUCCAACACUACCUUCCUGAGAACCAACAUCAGCCAGGGUACUUUGCUCCCCUCCCACUCAGGCGUCAGCCUUGUCAUCAAUGAUGUGGGCACAGGCAACAGUUCUUGGGCUCCUGUGGACCCAGGGGCAGUUGUGGUUAGUCAUGUCAUCGUGUGGGACAUCAUGGCCUUCAAUGGCAUCAUCCAUGCUCUGGCCAGCCCCCUCCUGGCACCCCCACAGCCUCGGGCAGUGGUGGCACCUGAGGCCCCAUCCGUGGCAACAGGUGUUGGGGCUGUGGUAGCCACUGGAACACUGCUGGGCCUGGUGGCUGGAGCCAUCUACCUCCGUGCUCGAGCCAAGGCCACAGGCUUUGGCUUCUCUGCUUUCCAGGCAGAAGAUGAUGCUGAUGAUGACUUCUCCCCAUGGCAGGAAGGGACCAGCCCAGCCCUGGUCUCUGUCCCCAACCCAGUCUUUGGCAGCCAUGACACCUUUUGUGAGCCCUUCGAUGACUCACUUCUGGAGGACUUCCCUGACACCCAGAGGAUCCUUGCGGUCAAGUGACACGCCUGGGGCUGAA